CCUUUAAAUUUGUGUAUACAUUGAAAUAAAUGCAGUAAAUGUGAGUUAUUUCAUCAUUUAAAUUAAAAUUGCUUCUUGUUUUCAUUGGAUGCCUACAGUUCAGAAUAGUUAUGGUGUGUGUGGCAACUGUGGACAAAACAGGAAAAGGCUCAGAGUCAAGAGGAAUGGGUGGGGAUGACUCUCUGACAGUUUCCACUUACUUCAUUCAUCCCACUGAACAGCAAAGCAGACCGAAGAGAGCAGGCUUAAGCUGAGGCAGAGUAACUGACUUACAACAUAUUCGCAGAAAAGUAUAUUUGCAGAAAACAAAAGGACUAAAGAAGAUUUUUGCUUUUCCUUCUAUAAAAAAAUAUUUAAAAAAGGAGUCUGUUGCCAGCCACAAACCAUGGAGGACUCAAGGCGGAUCAGAUGUGACAGCCUGAGUGCUGGCUCAGGGUUUGAUCAGGAGAUGCCAAACCCCUGUGACCGCAAUGCCCUUGAUCCGGGGGGUUCUGAUCCGGUCAUCAGCCUCGAACCCACAGCUGCAGAGGUGGCUCAGUGUGAAGCUGAAGUAGGCACCCUGCUUAGCAUCAUCGCUGAACUCAACAAGACAAUGGGGUCCCUUAAAGCUCCAAGCGAUCCCGGAGAAUUGAGGCCCUCCGUUCCAUCCAGACCUCUGGUUCCAGAUCUACUGUCUCAUCGUCUGGUCAGAUGCAGCUCAGAGAGUAACUCUCCCUCCGUUAUCACCUCUAAACCUCCACUUACUGAUCGAGGGGGCAGUGGCGUUGUCUGGACAAAGCUGCAGGAAGUUUUAACAUCAGUGGAGGACUCCAUCAGCUACAGGAGAACCUGGGCUGCUCCUAUCACAGCCUCUGAUCAAGAGAAGCAAAAGGCUCACCUUAGAGCAGCUCAUGAGAACUGGACUAAAGCCACACAGAUGGUGGAGGAGAUGGAGAAAGAGUUUGGAAUAUCAUGUCCAUUAAGUCUUCCAAAGGAGCAGAAUGCAGAGGACCUGCUGUAUUUGGAAAAAAAGGAGCCCGCUUUGACAUUACAGAGUCAGCAGGAGGAACAGCAGAGCUCCACCAACCCUGCAGAAGAGGAGAAAAACAAGCUUUCAGAUCUCAGAAGGUCCCGGAGGUCCGGGAGUCUCUCUCCUUCCUACUUGCGUACGGCUGGAGGUUUUUGUCCGGAAUGGGCCUCUCCUCCCUACCCCGGUUCACCGUUACUCCACAGAAGAGCUGCGAGAGCCAUGACACCUCUGUCUGUUGGUGGCGAUGGGGCGCCACUGGACUCGGCCAGCACAUGCUCCAGCCCCAUCAGCCCUGAGCCUGAAACCGAGCGACUGAACAGCUGUUUUAUGAGCUUAUAUCCGUCAGGGAGGAGAUGUCUGAUCUGCGAGCUUUAAUCCGCCUUAAGGAGAAAGAACUACGGUGUUUGGAGUGGGGUUUCAUGGGCCAGAAGGCACAGGAAGCAGCCGGAGUUUUCAUCCCCGAGAGUCUCCAAGAAGAAGUGGAGUACCAGAAGACUGAUCAACAGAGGCUCAGUGAGAAUGCUGCAAGAGCUGCUUUUGAAGGGGACAUCACCGGUCCUCUGACCAGACCCAUUCUGAAGGAGCUGCAGGCAGUCCUACAAAGAGAACAAGCCCUAAAGAAGAGACUGGCUCUGGUCCAUGACUCCCUAAACACAGCACUCAAAGACAACCCCUCACACAGGAAGGACAAUGGGGAGCACAUUGCUCGCCUCACACAGGCACACAGCAAAGCACUGAGUUCAUACCGACAGAUUCGCAGGAAGUACCGAGAGCAGGUGUGGAGGCUGGAGCAGAAAGUGGCAGCCAUGAUGGAGAGUCACCACGGCCAGAGCGGAGCAACGAGGGAGGCAGGAGAAGCUCUGGAGUGGAGGAGGGAAGAGACCAUUUUAUGAGAUACCGAUUCAGUCAACAUUGUCAGUUAUCAUUGAUCCCCAUCUAAAUGUUUGUUUAGAAAUCUAAAUUAGAUUUUUAAUAUCCAUUUCAUGUUUUAUAUUCACCCUGUAAAGCCCACUACAUCAAAGAAUUGACUGAACAUUUUAAUUUGGGGGGAAUUACGAUGAUUUAAACUUAAAAAAAACUUUUGCUAAAUAUUUUUUUAUGAGAUAUCAAUAGUGUUAACUAUGAUCCAUUGUGUGAUUUUGCAAAGAUAAUGAAAGGAAUGCUCAGAAAAAGCACAUUUUUUACCCACUAUCUCAAAUUUAAUCCACAUAUUUUUAACAUGAUGUAUCUGUAAUAUAAAGAAUUUCAACAAAUUUAGCAUUUUUUUUCAAUACAUCAAGCAGUCAUUUUAAAAAAUGAAUAACAACAAAUUAGUUAUUUUCCCCAUAAAGUUGGAAAAAAUUGGCUAAGAAUUUUCCCGCCAAAGAGUUUUUUGUUAUUUCAUGGAAGCAGCCAUUUUGAAAUGAGCAGGAAAACCUCUCUUACUGCCCCUAGUGGAAUGAUUAGGAACUACAGUGCAAAAGCAUGGACUAAGUUCCAAACAAUGGGUUUUUAAGGAAAGUUUGGAUCAUGCUAAUGAGAUAAUGGUGCUAGAAUAUGAGUGUAUUAAAUAUGAUACCAGUGAUUGAGGAAAAUAUUUUUUUUAAAUAUAUGACGCUAGUUUAUUUUUUUCCUGAGACAAAUUAGAAGAUUUGUUUUAGCAGAUGCAGUCCUGAGUUUUACAACUGACAGACUGAGCUGGAAACGGGUGCAUACGCUCAUUUUUUCACAUAAAAGCGAUCUCCAUAAAGCAGCUCCCCAACUGACCGUGCUGCAGCGACGAAAAGAUCCGAGAAAAGGGGGAUGGGUUCUGGAACGAUAGCUGAUGUGCACAAAAUGUUUGGCAAGCUCAUUUAUCUUGGAUCCACUUUCAUAGUCGCUCGUCGGCGGCCUUUCACCACUGAGAGUUCAACUUAAAGGUCAACUCGUCUUCAUACAACAAAAAAAACAUUUUUCUCCUUUUAAGGGGUUUAGGAAGCAUCCAGGUGAGAGGUUACAGAUUUACUUACACGAGAUUAAUGUUUUUAAAGAUGAAAACAUACAGAUGAGAAGUAAAAAUAAUCAAUUUAUAGGAUUGAACAAUCUCAAAUUUAUCUUUAAACAUUUGAUUUUUAAAAAUCACUUUAAAGCAUUGAUAGAAAAUGUGAGGCGUAGAUAAAACGUUAAUUUUUAUGCACAACCAUGGCAGCUGAUAGAUAUACGUGCAUCAGAACUCCAUCUAACUCACCUUAUUUCCUUCCCUCCGUCUUUUAUUCCUCACCACUCACUCGUUCAUCAAUUUUUCUGCCGAUACUCUCCAUUACAUCCCUCUCAAUCUUCUCCGAGCUCUUCCCUCAUGAUCCGGCGCUCCCCCCUUCCAGCCGACCCCGCGUCCUGACCUUCUCAAAGCGGUCAUCUGCAGCUGUGACCGGCGGUCAGGAGGUUAAGGCAAAGGUCUAGUGUCACACCCACAGGGUCACAGCGGUGCUUGGCUGUUGUGUUAGGCGGUGAAUGGAGGGUUCAGAGCGCCAGACGAGGUGGCGAACCCCUGACGCCCUUACUGUUGCCUGAGCUUGCCCUUUCCCGAGCAGAGGUCAACGCAGCGGGUCUGUUCUCCUGAUCUUCCCAUAGCACCACUAUUGUUGUAAUAGCUGCCAUUAGAGCACAUGAUACAAUUAUCAUUGCACUUUAUGUUGCCACUCUUCAAGAUCCAUGUUAAGCUUCUGAGUUCAUCAAAGGCUUGUAGAUGACAUGAGUGUUGUAACCUUUGAGUGACUCUGGAAUCAAAGACGAAACGAUAAUGACAGAAUGUCCGGAGGAAAGAUAAUCGAUGUUCUUUUCUUUGAGAAAAAAUCAAAAGUUGCUAAAGUCUAAUGAAGUAAUGAAGGACGUUUAAAUAUCCAACAUCUUUAAUCCUAAAACACUUUAUGUCUUCAGUCUGACAAAUAUAAUUCCUAUAGUUAUGGCUUUUAUGUCAGAUUAUAGCUAUCGGUAAAUUAUGGAUUUUUUACUGUUUUAUUUAAGCUGUGUAUUUUUUCAUAAAACGGUCAGUUUUGCCAAAAAAGCAUGGUUUUAUGGAAUUCUACAAUUGUAUUACCACAUUAAUGAAAUACUGCAUUAUUGUUACAUUUAAGCAUACAUUUAUGUGUAAUAAAUGUGUUGUCAUUGUUGAGGAAAACUGAAAUAAACUCUUACCUAAUGUUUAAAAUCA